AUGGAUGAAGUUACUAGCACAGAAACUUCAUCUCAAGAAGUGCCAAAUGCUGAAUGUCCUCUUUGGCAGUAUGUGACUAAAGUAGAAAAACCGCCGGGUGCUAUCGUUAAAAAAGGGGGAAACACAUACUUUAAGUGCAACUAUUGUGGUGUGGUUUAUUUGGGAUCCUAUUCUAGGGUUAAGGCUCAUUUAUUAAAAAUUGCUAAUAAAGGUAUUAAAGCAUGUCCUAAUGUGACACCGAGCCAUAGGUUGGAAAUGCAGCGAAUGCAUGAUCAAGUUGAGAAUGAUAAGUUAGAGAGUGAACAGAGAAGUCGAAUUCCCUUACCCCCACCUAUCCCAGGCCGUGGGCCUAUACCUAUUUCCCCAUUUCGGAGACAGGAAGGGAGUGAUAGUACAAAUCCGGUUGAUGGUAAGAGGAGGAAGGUGGCUGGGAUUUCUCCUAUUGAGAAAGCAUUCCAGAAUACUACUAGAUAUGAAUUGGAUAGUAGAAUUGCUAGGAUGUUUUACACUGGUGGGCUUCCAUUUAACUUUGCAAGGAACCCAUAUUAUCGUACUUCCUAUGCAUAUGCUGCUACCCAUAACAUCCUAGGUUAUGUUCCUCCUGGAUACAAUGCCUUGAGAACAACACUUUUGCAAAAAGAAAGAGCUCAUGUUGAAAGACUCUUGAAACCAAUUAAGGAUUCUUGGCUUGAAAAUGGUGUAAGCAUAAUUUCUGAUGGAUGGUCAAAUCCACAAAGGAGGUCUCUUAUUAAUAUUAUGGCUGUAUCAGAUGGGGGUCCGGUGUUUAUAAAGGCAAUUGAUGGGUCAGGUGAGUUCAAAGACAAACAUUAUAUUGCUGGGGUGUUGAAGGAUGCUAUAAAAGAGAUUGGACAUGAAAAAGUUGUCCAAGUCAUCAUAAUGCUAAUGUGA